GUGCCAGAGAACUCGCUGGAACUAUAUCGAAAAUAAACAAUUUCGUUGCGGAUCAUUCAACUAUAAAAAGGUUACACUCUUUCAUCGGAGACAGUCUCACACUAGCAUCGAGUCUUGCAAAAUGUGCUCAAAGUUUUCAGCGUUGGCUUUGCUCUGCGCCGCCUCCUGCGUCCUGGGGGCGGAAGUGAAGGACAAAAGACAAGUUGGAAGCGUCACGUUGCAAAAGGACGACCACCAAGUGGCGGAGACGCACGGCUUCGGCGCCCCGGCGGCCGUACAUGCGGGCAGCAAAUAUUUCCAAUACGCCCAUGUGCCCGCUAAAGACCAUUACGAGCACGGCCACAAGCGAGGCAACGAACACCACUUUAUCGAGCGUCAUGAGAAAGCCCAUCCGCAUGCCGGAGAGUUCAAAACUAAAGUGAGAUGGGGUGACAAGCACGGGGGGUACGGGGAGCACUAUUGGGACUACAACCAUGCUGGUCAUCAUGAUGGCGGUGGCGAGGAGAGCCAGCAGAAGGAGGAAUAUGUGGCGUACGACGAGAGCCAGCAGAGUCCGACCUAUGUGGCUGGAGGGAGAGGCAAAAGGCAGCCGAAUGUGGACGGAGAUGUGGAGUUUAUUAAUGAAAAUGCCAGGGCUUUGGUUCUGAGUGGAGUAACAGGCAAACACGGCGGGAAUUACAAGAGGGAAAGGGAUUACGAGCGGGGCAAGCGAGAAGGGAAGAAGUUAGACGGCAGGGACUUGGUCUACGACCAGAAGAUGGGCCUGAUUGUUGACCAGAAAACUGGGAUUGCGUACGAGUUGAAGCCGGUUGUUGAAUAUUAAGUGUCUUUAUAGUUUUUGUACGUUUGUUGACUAGUUUUUAAUAAAUACUUU